GCAGCCGCAAAACUUCAUGGCCGUGCUCCUUCAUUAAUUCGUCUACAAUGUAUUUUUUUGGAGGCUUAUUAGUGACAAUCAAAUGAUACAGUUCGCGUUUUGUCAUUUUUUCGUCAAAGUUGAUAUUGUUGCUUUGCAGCCAGUUUUGCAUAUCGGCUUUGAGAGAUGAGCUUAUGGGAGGCUUUUCAGAUUGCGUCGAGUGAUAAGGCGUGUUAUCAAUGACGACGAUACCAUUUGGCGGUAAGUUUGGUAAAAGCUUUUCUUUCAGCCAUUUCGUAAAAUUUUUUGUGUCCAUUUCGUGAUGGUAGUCUCCAAUAUUGCUCUUACAUUUGUACAAAAGUUCGGCUCCGGGAAUGAAACCAUUUUCACCGCCCGCGUGUACAACAAUCCAUCGUUGCCCAGGAUUAUCAUUCUUUUUAAUGCUUGCGUCGCUACUGUUUUGCCAACAUUUACGUACGGUAUAAUGGGAAUGAAUCCAAGUUUCAUCUAAGUAUGUAACCGGUUUUUUAUUCACCCCGAGGUCAUUGUUUUCUUUCUUCUUUCGCAGGUAACGAUCCCUCCAAGCGACGAUGUCGGGCUUUUGUGUUAAAAAAUGUCGCAUAUUUUUACAUUUUUUAAAUUUAUAACCCAAAUAGUUUACCAGUAUUAGCCGCAAGCUGGUUAUUCCACCUGAAAAACAUAAAAUAAAGUUCGUUAGGUUAAAAAAAUGUCACGCACGCAACACAUUUACAAACAACAUAGCUACUCUAAAUUAAGGGUGAUCAGGCCAUAGCUGACCACGGUGGCCCAAUGCGGGUUGGUAAUUUUAUGUAUACUUUCUCAUAUACCAUACCUACUUGUAUAACUUUGAAACUGUUUAAUAUGUAGAUUGGAAACUAGACAGCUCGUGAAAACACAAAUAUAAUGCUUACCCGGAAAAUUUUAGUCCCUUUUUGCAACGGCCAAUAUUUUUUUCAAGGUCGGUACUUCUUUUCUAACUGUAUAGAAACUGUUGACGAUGUUUCGCAACGCGCAUAAAUCAAAAUUGUCCAGUUCGAUCUUUUUGGCGCUUGUCCUUCUUUUUUUGCCUGGUGUAGACAAUUUUGGUAUAGCUGCUGGACCUGAACUUGAAGAUGUACUUGGCAAUGACGGGUCGUUUUGUUGUACAACUUUCGAUUCGUUUUUAAUUUUCAUCAGUGUUCUUUUUGAUACACCAGUAGCUGCACAAGCUCUUUUUAUAGCUUGGUCUACAGGAAUCAUAAAACGUUUAUUUGCCUUCUCAUUUUCAAAAAAAGUCAACACCUUCAAUAUAAGAGUCCUUGCCUCACUAUGAAUUGUCUUGCCCAUAAUGUUGUUGGUACAACCAAUUGGCUUCACUAACACGUUGAAAAAGUCUAAACUUAACAAAAAAAAAACAAUUCAAAACUUAACACAGCAAUAACUCAACAAAAACAGUAUAAUAACAGGAGAUUUAAACAGUAUUUAGACGAUUACAAAGAGAGACGCGCAACGGUAACAAGGAUGCUAUCGCUACUGCGGGCUUGCGGCGAACGCGGGGAGCCGCGCGGAGUAGCGGGAGAGGGGUCGCAUUCCAGCGGAGUGCACAGUUAAUUCGCACGAGUUGUACAUGUGAAGGACACAACGAAAAAACUACAGAUCCGUUUUGCCUAACGCGAUCAUUUUAAAAACACGUCAAGACUUGAAAUAUUUUUAGUAGGUAAACAAAAGAGCAACGGUCACAAGUAAUACUUAAAGGAUUUGUCACACUGCAUGCGUUCUGCGGUCUUCGGUCAGGUCAAAACGAACGCAGCCCGCAUCAUGUAUGAACAACACUACCGGUCAGGGCAAUCGGUCUGCGGUCAGGGCAGAGCAAUCGGUCAGCGAUCCGGGCAGGGCAACUGGUCACGUUCCGGGCGGUGCGGGCAGGCCAAACAGUAGCCAUCUUAUUUCAGUUACUUGUAGUGGUGCUAGUGAUCAGUUUUUAUUAUUGGGUUUUAACCGAGGAAAAUGAUUACCGAGGAAGAAGAAAAUAUUGUGUUAUUAUGGUUGCAUAGCAGAAAGAGGAAACGUGUGUGGGUACACGAUUUGAAUUUAGUGAGACAACAACGUGGAGAAUACAGCAACUUAUGUCGAGAAUUAUAUUCGUAUGAAGAUCGUUUUUACAUAUAUUUUCGAAUGGCCCCAGCGUUGUUCGAAGAACUGCAUAGUUUAAUCUGCCAUAAAAUAAAAAAAAAAGAUACAAACUGGCGAAAGGCGAUUACUACAAAAGAAAGGCUUGCUGUGUGUCUAAGAUAUUUGGGCACUGGAGACUCGUUUCAAAUGAUAGCGUUAUCUCACCGUAUUGGUCGUUCUACUUUGCAUAGUAUAAUAAACGAAGUCUGCAAAGCCAUUUGGGAAAUAUUGCAACCUAUUUAUAUACCUACACCUACCGAAAGAACAUGGAUUAUGGCAGAAACUGGUUAUCGCCAAAAGUGGAAAUUCCCAAAUUGUAUAGGUAGUAUUGAUGGGAAACACGUCACCAUAAAAUGCCCUCGAAGAAGCGGUUCACUAUUUUACUGCUAUAAAUCAAAGUUUUCCAUUGGGCUUCUUGCAGUUGUUGACCCUGAUUAUAAAUUUACUUACAUAAAUGUGGGAAGCUAUGGAAAAGAUAGCGACAGCAAAAUAUUCGAAGAUUCUGAGUUUUAUCGAAAACUUGUAAACAAUGAACUACAUAUUCCACCUCCAAAGCCUUUGCCUGGUGGCACAACUAAUUCACCUCAUGUUUUUAUUGGUGACGAGGGUUUUGCACUAGAAACAUAUUUGAUGAGACCAUUUCCUAAGAACCAGGUAGAGAACAACAGUGAGAAAGCAAAUUUUAACAAACGUCUAUCUUCAGCCAGACGUAUCGUCGAAAACGCAUUUGGUAUCUUAGCACAAAAGUGGCGAGCAUUCUUUCGACCUCUUGAAACAAAAGUUGACACAACGGUCCAUGUUGUCAAAGCAGCAUGUUGCUUACAUAAUUAUUUACGAGUUAAAAAUGAAUUGUUUGAAAUGCAGACACCUGAAGAAACAAUGCCACGGACUAGUGCAUUUCCAGUGGCUGCGUUCGCUUUGACCUGACCGGAGACCGCAGAACGCAUCCAGUGUGACAAAUCCUUAAAUAAACGUGCAAUUCGCUAAAUAAAAUAUUUCAUUGAUAACUAAUAACUACUACAAACUGUUGAUGUACAAAUCUUGUCAAAAAUCGUAACAAAACAACGAUAUUUCUUUUUUUUCUUCACAACAAAUGCAUCCGCGAAUCGCUUUGUUGAAACUGUUGUGGCGUCGCUUAUCGCACUUGAAACGAUGAGUAAAAUUAUCGAAGCGCCAUCUAUUAUAGGUUUUCGCAAAUAACAGUUAUUCUUCUUACCCGCACUAUGCUUCUUGCCGGGCUUCCCUAUAUAAAUUUUUUCGUUACAAACUUACAAAAAUCCCAAAAUAAUAAUCUUUCUCUUUAAAAUAUUUUAAAUACAGUACAACCUAUAAACUUUUUGUGAAUCUAGAAACAGGUAAAAAUAUUACGAAAAAAAAACAGUUUUCAUGAAAAUCAACAUCUUUCAAUAAAGAUGUUAUUGUGAUUUAACAAUUUAAAUCACAAUAACAAUUAUAUUAAUAUUUUAACCUUCAUAAAAUGUCUUCCUCCUGGUCAUUUCUCUCUAUACAAUUAAGAAAAUAAACAAAUACUUUCCUGGUAAAGUCGUCCACAAAGGUAAGAAUGUAUUGAGCUCCGCCAAAUGACUUCACUUCUAUAGGCCCACAUAGAGCGGAAUGUAUUAGCUCCAGUGGCUUUGUUGCUCUGGAGCCUGCUUUAGGAAACGGCAGCCUGGACUGUUUUCCUUCUUGACGGUAUUCACACACCUUAUUCAAAUUAUUCUUACUCAUUGUGAUGCCUUCUGCACACUCGGUGAGUUUAUUCAAAUCAGAAAAAUUAAGAUGUGCCAUCCUUUGAUGCCAUAAGUAACAGUCAUCAUGACCAAUACAUUUAUAACGUCCCUUAGCUUACAACACCGCCUAAGUCAUUUUUACCAACGUUACAGGAGACGUAAAAAACUGUCUAUUUUAAAAAAUCUGGGCAUUAUUCCUCUUAUAAUUUAAUACAUACUCUAGUUAACAGUUAAGAAAUAAUUAUUUACUAGAGGCCGCCCGCGACUUCGUCCGCAUGGAAACCCUAUCAAUCCCGCGGGAACUCUGGGAUAAAAAGUAGCCUAUGUGUUAUUCUGGGUCUUCAGCCACCUACAUACCAAAUUUCAUGGUAAUCGGUUCAGUAGUUUUUGCGUGAAAGAGUAACAAACAUCCAUACAUCCAUACAAACUUUCGCCUUUAUAAUAGUAGUAGGAUACUUAUUUUGACAAUUUACUUUAUUGUUUUUUAUGACUUGAGCUGUGUAGACUAAUAUUUUAUUAGAUUUAGGCGGUGUUGUUUGCGGAAAUGUUAGGGAUUAAGAUAUUAAAUAAAAGAUGAUUUCCAAAGAAAAGCUUUUAUUAGGAAAUAUUUCAAGAAAAUUAACAAAUCUUUAUAACAUUACUUGAUACUUCCGCUUUGUAAUUUAUUAGGAAAUAUUUCAAGAAAAUUAACAAAUCUUUAUAACAUUACUUGAUACUUCCGCUUUGUAAUUGGUUUUCUAGCUGCGUACAAUUUCUGCAGGCGAUUUAUUUGUUUAAUGUCGUUAAUUGGCGUGGGACGAUGUGGUAACGGCUGUAGCUCGUUAUCAAAAUCAACUUUGUACCAAAUUGUGCCAUUUGAUCUGUAUUCUAGCAUACGUAUAUCUGUGACGACUGGGUCACCUACUUUUUUACCAGGACGUAUAGAUUUAUAAAUCAAUUCUUUCGAAAAGUCUGUGAAAAAGUUAUAGUCCAAAUGACGAGCUUCGUAAGGAUCACUCCUAGCAAUUUUAUUUAUUGCCAUGUAUUGUUGUGGAAGGUAAAUUUCUUUACCUUUUAAUUUGCACUCUAUUGCACUGUGUACCGAGUCACAUUCCAUGUGAGUAUGGCCUUUUUCCAGGCUUUUUAUGGCCAUUUUUAUAUCGUUGCGUUAGUGAACUUAUAAAACUUGUUGGUUUAGGUUCUGGAAGUUAACAGGUUAGGAAUAAAACAAAAUACUUGUAUAAUUCAAAUGUGUAAUUUAAUCGUCGGGCAUAAGGUGCAUAUUCCCCUUCAUGAACAUUAACAUGUUGAAGUUCUCGUCUGACAGCGACGCUCGUUUUGGUGUUAAAAUGUCUUUACCCGUGGAAAACAGACGUUCAACUGUAGCGCUUGAGGGUAUAGCAGUAUUGUAUUUAAUAAAUAGAUUUAUAAAUAUCUGUUCCCCGAGGAAUGCAGCAUAGUUGAACGAGUCUAUUGAUUUCAUGUCCAGCCACAUUUUAACGAGACUUUGCGCUUUACUCUUUAAAGAGUUGGAGCUCUUUGGUUUUUCUAUAGACUGAGUCACAGAAUUGAAAAAGUCUUCCUCCUCGUCAUCAUCGUUGUUACUCGCAUUGCUCCCUCCGCCAGUUAAACUAUCUCUGUCCUUCGAAUAUUCCGCUGCUUCUUGUCUUAAAGCAUCUUCUACCUUUUUUUCCAUACCCUUUCUUACUGCAUCCACUCUACUGCUGUCAUACGUUUCCAGCCAUAUCAACCGAAACUUUGGGUGAAAUGCCGCGGCAAGUAGGCACUGUUCAUCAUUCAGGAGUGGACCAAACCUUUUCUCUAUGCCAUUUAAUAAGGCAUUGGCUAAAGGUGUGCAAUUUACUAGGCCCUUACAUUUAAUAUUUUUUAAUUUAUAGACAGUUGCUGCAAUCGUCGGUAGUAGUGAUCCGAUAUAUGCUUGAGCUUCUCCUUGGAUACGAUCGAGGGCAUUCGCGACAGGUGCCAUAACCUGUAUUUAAUAUAAGUAUUGAUAUAAUGUGGAAAAAAAAUAACAUUACUAAAACGUUAAUUUAAACUAUAUACGUAUAUGAAAUUACGUUUGCGUACUCCUUCAUUACAGUCACAUCUUGGUCAUUGAAAGUUAUAAUUUUUAGUUGAGUCAUAACCCUGUAAAGAGAAGGCCUUUUUGUUUCCAAUAUACUGUUGAGAACGACAAUAGCAUCAUACAGAGAGUUCCACCUCGUCGUAUUUGGAAGGACAAGUCGUCUGCCUAAUUCAGCGUGAAUGCUAUCUGCUGCUACCGUACUACGUGAUUGCUGAUUCCAGAGAGUACGUGCCUCGGAUAAGGCACUUCUGUAGGGAGUCUUGAAAACAGUUAUUUGUAGAGCAGCAUCUGCAUCUUUGCUAGCGACCAGGUUGAACGUAUGUGCAGCACAUCUCAUGUGAACUGGCAAAGUAUUAAAGUUUUCUAAUAUGUGUUCAUUGAUUUCAUUGCACUGGAGACGAUCAGGAGCAUUCAGUAUGUUUUCUACUGAAAUAAAUUCUAAAUCAUCAUUUUCUUCUGAGUUUGUAUUUAGAAGAUUGGCAAUAUCAGGGUCAAACUCAGACUCUAAAUCACAUGAUGGCAACUCUGGAAGUAUGUCGAUCUCCGAGCCGAAUUGCACAAAUGCCUUUACAAAGUUACUGCCAUUAUCCGUAGUAGUCCUAAAAUAAAAUAAGGCCUGCUUUUUAAGGUAGCCUACGGCUGAUUCAUCAUAAAGAUCAUUACAUUCCGAAAAAAAAUAAUUAAUAAUAAUAACUAAUGUAUAAUGAUCAUUAUCAUUAUCUUUAUCAAUGUGCAGUUUUCGUGUAUGGUUGACAGAAAAAUAAAUACAUACAUAUUAAUAAUUCAAUGUUAUUUUUUACUAUAAAAUAAAUACUUCAGGAUUACUACCUCUAGAUAUAAUUUUGAGAUAAAAAUAGACUUAACUGACCUUGUGAUUUUUUUAUCUAUGUGAAAUUCAUAGUGAAUAUCUAUCAUUGCUUGGGCCAGGAUGUCGUAUGUAUGAUGACCUUUUAGGCGUACGCACGUUAAUACUGCAUGCAUUCUGGCUCUUGUGAUAGCAUCUAACCAGUGAACUGUCAUGCCCAAAUAACUUUUGUUGUGAGCUGACCAACAGUCAGCCGUCGUUGCCACCCAAUGAAUUUUUCCAAGUAAACUGAAAUUAAAAUUAUAAACACAUCACGUAAAAAAUGACACUAAUAAUAAAUGAAAAUUAUAUACAUAUGUAUAUGCAUGCAAACCUAUUUUAUGAACCUCUAAUUAUUUGAACUUUUUUCAAAUAAAAUUAUACCUACGUAGGUAUACGUAAGGCGACGUUUAUCUGUUAAAAAUAAAUAGAAAAUAGGUAUUUAUUUUAGUUACUUACUCUAUCAGGUGCUGCUUCUAUUUAAUGUGUUCGUCAGUAAUGCGUCUACCCAAAGUUCUUCUUGAAAUUGAAUUUUUGCUCGGGUUUAACGUUUUUAUCAACGCACCAAAAGACUUGCUUUCGACAACAUGUAAAGGAAUCAUGUUUGAAACAAAUAAAUUUACUAUACAUUUGUCCACUUUGGCUUGGGGUACACCGCUGCCAGUAGCUGCAAUCCCGAACGAUUCCCCGAUGCUCAGCUGUCGACCCUGUUGUACCCUUCUUACAUGUUGUUUCAAAUUAUUCAGGCUUGAUAAAUGAACUUUUAUUUUGGUGUCAUUCGGCAAACACCGCUUACACUCAAAAAGUACCUAUUUGCUGGCCCGAUCUGGAUACAAAUUCCACAUACUCAGUCAAAUGUGGCCAUGGAUUCACAUCAGGACCGCUGGAAUCCGUUUCCAUGUCUUCCAUGAUAUGGUUUUAAUUACUACACUGCAAAGUACACUUUUUCUAACUAAAUUACAUUCACUCUUCUUUAUCAACACGCAAAUGAUCACUGACAGUAAUUUAUAAUAACAACAAACAAAACAUUCGUCACUCUAAGCACUGGCGGCACUGGCGCAAAGUAAUGAAAUGAUGAAACGAAAAAAUAUCUUCGCAGUUUUCUCACUCGCACGUGCCGGCAAAAUAUAUCUAGUUUUGUCCGUGCGGUGAAAUAGUAGGCAUUAGAUUAACUAUUAACGGACUACUGCAUAUUAACGGAAGUUAACGUGUCCGUUAACAUUUUUAAAAGUUAACUUAAAAGUUAAUUCGUUAAUCAAAAUGUUAACUUCGUUAAUUAACGAUUAACGGAUUAACGAGUUAAUGCCCAGCUAUGAUUACUUCCUUAGUUGCUUUAUUGUAUAGUGUAAAAUUAUGGACGCAUAAUUUAGUUUUAUAGUAAACUGCACUAGCUUGAAGAUACGGGUCCAAUUUUACGGAUUCAACAUCCUGUAUGAACACGUAACAAGCUUCGGACUGUGCAAUUCCUUUGUCAGUAUCUUUCUCUUUCCUGGCUCGAUCUUUCUUCAGAACAUGUUCAGAGUGUUCUUCAUCCGUAAUGUUUCCAGUUUUAUGACUGCAACAAACACCGCAUUGAUCUUUCUUUGGGUGGAAUAGGCUCAGAUUGAGUUUCAAAAAUAUUUUGUCAAAUAAUUUACGGCCAGGGCAUUCUCUACCCUCUAAUUCACCAUUCUCUUUAUAUUAUAUUUCUUAUAAAGCUGUGUCAUGUUUGUGAAAACUGGUUCCUAAUAUUCUCGUGAUGUUUUAGUACGACAGUAAUGCGACGGCAUCUUUGGAAGAUCUGCUAAAAACUUUUCAAUAUGUUUGUCGCGAGCCAUAAGUAUUCUUUAAAAAAAUAUUCAGUGUACUAUCUUAACUUUUCUAUUGUUUUUUAUUAUGUGUAUAAAUAGAUACUCAAAAAACUAAAGUAGCUAUUACACCCCAUUUGUUUAGAUAUAUACUUUAAAAUUAGGAUAUUUGUAAAUAAGUUUUAUAAAAAAUUGUUAAAUUGACGUCUUUGUAGAAAAGGCUGCGGUGAAGUUUGUUGCGCCGCUUCUUCUUCACCUGCGCUUUGGAAGUCGGCGGUAGACUUAGUUAUAAGUACAUUUUUGACGUCAAUAAGAGAUGUAUUGCAUCCAAUAUUGAGAAUAAAGAUUUCAUUUUCAUUUCAUUCAUUUUCAUUUUCAUUCAAUACUAAAACAUACACAAAACUGCCUUAUUUAUGAGAAUUUCAGAGCUAGAUUUUAUUAAUUCACUAUCAAAACGACAUAUCAACAGCAUAGUCCACAUAUACUGGAUCAUCUUCUUGGGCAACAACUGCAGAUGAUUGAGAGGGUGCAGGUGCAGAAGAUUGAGGUCUCUGAAAAAGUUAUUAUGUUGAUAUUUAUUAGCCGGGUCCACACCGGACGAUCCAUCGAUCCCGCGAUCCGCGAUCCAGGAUCGCGGAGCGUGGAUCGUGGAUCGUGUUAGGCCGAUCCACUCUUGGAAACUUGCGAUCCCAAAUAUGCGCUCCAAGCGAUCCUAAGGCGAUCCGUGAUUCAGCCAGUCUAACUCUUGUUCGAUAUGGAGUCACACGUACAACGGCGGCGUCUUGCCGUUGCAGCAGUAACUUUUAUUUUGCUUAAAUGCUUGCGCAAAAAAUCACAAAAAAGAAAACGACGGUUUUGGGUGAAACAAAUUUACAAAAAUCGCUUGGAAUCUGGGACUCAGCUGUACGCAGAGUUAGUGUCAGAUAAAGGUGAACACAAUUUUGCAAGAAUGAAUGCUAAUCAAUUUGAGAUAUUGUGUUCAUUAUUAAAUAACAAGCUAAGAAAGAAUGAUACAAAUUAUAGAGAUGCCAUUACUGUGAAGGAAAGAUUAUUACUAACAUUGAGAUUUUUAGCAACUGGAGAUUCGUACGUCAGUUUGCAGUAUCUGUUCCGCAUUUCCAAACAGUCUAUAUCGAUAAUUAUUCCUGAAGUUUGUGAAGCCAUCAUUGACCUGUUAAAUGAUUAUGUAAAGGUGCCGUCAACUAAAGAAGAAUGGCGUACAGUUUCUCAGCAAUUCGAGAAUAAGUGGAAUUUCCCACACGUGAUAGGAGCGAUGGACGGCAAACACGUCGCUAUACAAUCGUCUUUUAAUAGUGGCAACGACUUUGAUAAUUACAAAUUAUUUCCUAGUAUUGUUCUUUUUGCAUUAGUAGAUGCAAAUUAUAGGUUCCUGUAUGUGAAUGUUGGGACUAAAGGCAGAAUAUCAGAUGGAGGCGUGUUCAAAAGCACAAAUUUAUAUAAAAAACUUGAAAAAAAAAGAGCUAAAUAUUCCUCCACCGGAGAUAUUGCAAGUUCCCUAUAAAAUUGAGGUACCCUAUUAUAUACUAGGUGAUAAAGCUUUUCAGCUUAAUGAUUAUACUAUGAAACCAUACGAUGGUACACGGGAAAGGGGUUCUUGUGAAAGAAUUUUCAACUACCGACUGUCAAGAGCACGUAGAGUAGUUGAAAACGCGUUUGGAGUACUUAGUUCUGUCUACAGAGUCCUGCGUAAACCUAUGCUUUUGGAACCAGAAACUGCGACUAAAGUCGUGCUGGCAACGGUUCAUCUAUAUAACUACUUACGCAGUAAUCCUAACUUUAUAUCGCCAGGAACGUUUGAUACAGUACAGGAGAAUGGAGAUGUAAUACCUGGAAGCUGGCGAAAUGAACCGCCAUCACAAUCGCUACAACCGAUGGCCGUCGUACCAAGAAGAGCAACAGAAAAUGCCACUACAAUACGGUCCCACUUAGCAAGACACUUUGUUACAAACCAUACAAUAGUUUGGCAAAAUGAAUAUCAGUAAACUAAUAGCUCACAUGUUCCAAUGUAUCGCGUGUGGUUCCGGGUUCAUUUUUAUCCGCCAUAAAGUCGAAGUCAUCAUACGCAAACCACUUUGAUUUAUAUGUAUCUUGAGCACCUGAAAUAAACAAGUUACUCAUUAAAAUAACCACGUGUAUUUCUAACAGCUUAAAUGUAAAAAGCGAAAUCACGUGAAAUCCACAGUAAAUAUUAUGAUGUAAUUACUUAUAAUAAAAUAUAUAAUUUUAAUACCUACAGAUAAAAAGUAGCUUUGUUUUCUUACCGGAUCCAGUUAUACGGCUUUGCUU